AUGAGCCCGUGGACGUUGUGUGCGCUCCUAUGUGCGUUGGUGGCGCUUGCAAGAGCGCAAUCCACCGGCGUGCCCGCCAUCAGCUCGCUCAACACUGGUGUCCGUUUCCUCUACCAGAACGAUUUGGACUGGAACAGGGCCGACUCGUCCAGGCGCCAAGACGGCUAUCUCCUGCUCACCGCCCCGCUUACUGCUACAGAUGCUGCUGCAAAAUGUCGACGCCUUGGCGAGGCGCUGGUCCCUGCCUCCGCCUCGUCUAAUGCAGGCUUGCAGGCCCAGAUGAGCUACUUGCUCUACGACGGAAGCUAUGCCGCAGGCCAGUCGUUCUGGGCUGCCGGUGGGAACGCCUUCAAGUCGUCCUCCUCGGGAAGCCUUCAGGCGACCAAGCCGAGUGCUGAUACCAAGCUGCCGGCACUUUGCACGCAGAGUGCACCCUGGAGGGCCGCCAACUCGACCGACACCUCUGCCAUGUGGCAGCUCACAGCCCAGAGCAACGGCGUCAAGUUCACGGGCUUCCGCGAUGCACUCUCGUUCCGCUUCCAAGCCGUGCCCUUUGCGAAUCCUGUCCAGCGUUUCGCCUAUUCGUCCGUGUACGAUGGCAGCACAUCCACCUCCGUCACUGCGCUUGACACGACGCGCAACAAGCAGUGCCCGCAGAACGGUUCGGGUGCAUACUCGGAGCAGUGCCUGUAUGCCAACGUAUUCACGCCUUUCCUGCCGACGUCGUCCGAAACGCAGGACACCAAGGCGCUCAAGCCCGUGCUGCUCUUCAUCCACGGCGGAGGCUACGGCUCGGGCAGCGGGCUCGACUUCACCUUUGACGGCGGCAAUAUGGCGAGUCGCAGCGACGUUGUAGUGGUCACACCCAACUAUCGUCUGGGUUCGCUGGGCUACCUGGCGUACAACGACCAGAUCCGUGGCAACUAUGGUUUGGGCGAUCUCGUGACCGCGCUCAAGUGGGUGCAAAAGUACAUCAAGGACUUUGGCGGUGAUCCGAGCCGCGUGACCAUUGCGGGCCAAUCGGCGGGUGCCCAGCACGUGCAGAACCUGCUCGCCUCGCCUCAAGCUGCAGGCCUCUUCCAGCGCGCCAUUGUGCUCAGUGGAAAGGGACACGAUGCAGCCUUUGUCUAUCCAACCGUCGAGCAGGCACGUCAAGGCCAGGGCGGUGCGGUAGUCAAGGCGCUCGGAUGCGACGCUGCCUCGAAUGUCCUCUCGUGCCUGCGCGGUAAGAGUGUGGGUGACAUGCUCAAGAAUCAGUUCGCGGUGAUCACACAGGAUGGCACGUACAUCCGCUCGCCACGCCUUGACAUGAGGUCACCCGGUCGCGCGCAGGGUCACGUCAAUCGUGUGCCCGUGAUCUGGGGCACCAUGCGUGACGAGCUGGCCUCGCUCGGCAUCGUGCCGCCCGCGUCCGAGACCAACUUUGCCAAUGCGAUGAAGACGGCGGGCAUCGCGUCCAACUACAGCGACAUUGCGCUGCGUGACACGGCAGCGUUCCCCGUGAACCGAGGAUACAGCGUGCAGAAUCUGACGGUGAGCGUCAACACGGACAUCAGGUACCGCUGCGGUAUCCAGGGCAUGGCGUACGCCUCGGUCGCCAACGGCGUCUUCCCGCGCGUCUGGGCCUACUUUUACGACCAGCGCUCGUACCAGAUCCCCAACUACGACCCGCAGGCAGCGUGUCAGCCCAAGGGUAGCCUAGACCCUUCGAGCUACUACAUGUGUCACUCGGGCGAUCUCAUGACGCUCUUCCACACCACGGGCACUGCCUUCCGCCUGCCCUACCGCGACGCCAACGAUCUGCCGUGGAUGGCGUCGAUCAUCGACCAAUUCUCCGCUUUCGUCCGCACAGGCAACCCGGCUCCGGCGGCCGACUACCUGCGCGCUCGAGGCGGGGCGUAUGCUUCGUCGCUCGCAAGGACCACCGCGGCAGGCACCACCUGGACCGCGAUGUCGACCUCGAAUCUCAACGGCCUCAGCUUCGGCCCUGUCCAGCAGAGGCUCGAGACGCUGGGUCAGAGAAACGACCAGUGCGCUGCCUUCAACAUGGGCCUCGACUACAUCGCCAAGCUUUGA